AUGCUGCUGCUGGCAGCCCCCACUGUCGCUCACCCGGGUCACAAGGAGGAGGUGUAUGCGCACUCGGCGCUCCCGCUCGAGCGCAAGUCGCUGGCCCACUGCUCGACCAAGUUCAACGAGCCCGCCUUUGUCAAGAAGACGGUCCAGAUCCAUGGCCGGGAACUAGCGCGGCUGCGGCGUGCGCGUGGCAUCGAUGUGGAUGCGAGCCUGCAGAAGGAAUCUCUGCACCCCCGCGACUACCUUUCGGUGUCCAAGAUCAACCACAAGAGCAACAAGACCGUGACGGCGGAUAUGGACCUCGGCUCGCUCUUCUCGGAUGCCGGAGCCUGCAUCCUGAUGCCCGCUGUCGACCAGGGCCCGUUGUACGUUAAGGGAGAGGAGAUCCGCAAAGAUAUCACCAACGACGAGGCUGGUAUCCCCUUGACCCUGGCUAUCCAGGUGGUCGACUACAAGACCUGCGAGACGGUCAACGACGCCUAUGUCGACAUUUGGAGCUCUAACUCGACCGGCAUAUAUGUCGGCGUGCAGGGCUACCCCGGCAUGGGCGACCCCAACGAUGCCUCGAUCCUAAAGGGUACCACCCUCCGUGGCGUGCAGCCCACCGACGACCACGGUAUCGCCUCGUUCGACUCGCUCUUCCCGGGACACUACGAGGGACGUGCCACCCAUAUCCACGCCAUCGUUUACCUCGGAGCGGAGAAGGCGGAGAACAACACCAUCACCGGCGGCCGUGCGGCCCAUGUCGGCCAGCUCUACUUCGACCAGAACCUCAUUACCUCGGCCAACACCGUGGCCCCCUACAGCACCAACACCAUGGGUGUGACCGCGAACGUCGACGAUUUCCUCUUCCGCCAGGGCGCUAACGGCGAUGACCCGAUCGUGCGCUACGCUUUCGUUAACCCCGCGGCCGACCCCGAGGGCGACGGCGACUUCUCUGCCGGUCUCUUCGCCUGGAUCCGCUUCGGCAUCGACCAGACCGCCGACAAGCCCGUCAGCCCGGCUGCAUUCUGGACCGAGGAUGGCGGCGUCAUGAACCCUGAUGGCCCGAUUGCGCAUCUUCCCGGCGGCGGCAACGGCGGCUGGCCCGGCUGGCCCAGUACCAAGCGCGAGGCGGACAAGGAGAGGAAGUGA